AUGGGAGCAUGCUUUGCAAAAGAUCCAAUUAAGGCCAAAACGCCCCGAAACUCUAUAGGGUUUUACCCUUAAUAGCCCGAUAAGGGCAGAUGAUUCCCGGUAGAAUCAUCGAGUUGGUCCAACUCGAUGGUUCCGCCGGGAAUCAUCCACACUCAUCGUGCUAUUAAGGGUAAAACCCUAUAUAAACUUUGACAUAUUCAAAGCAGAAAAAUUUUUAAUAAAAGACUACAGCCAUUCAAUAGGGAACCCAAGCAGCAUUUUCGACUUGAAAACGAAGAUUCAUAAUUACAGACCAAGCGAUAUACGUUGCAUUAAAAGGCCAAAAGAAGGCUCAGAUGUCCACAAUCAUGUUCUUGUGAUACUCAAGAUGGAGGUGAAAAAAGGCUUCAUUGAAGAACUUUCUUUGUUUGUGGAAUACAAUAUUAAUGGGUUCGAGAUCUCAAUAGGGCCAUUAGAAAAGAUUAAGCUGUUGUGCAAUAUUCAAGAAUUCAGUGUCGAAAAAAUAGACUUCGCAAGAUCAGAUUUGUCAUGCACAGGAGGACUCCAUCAAAUCAUAGAAUGGGCGUAUGAAAACCGAAACCAAGAAUUUGUUAGCCCUGAAAGUUACCCAGAAAUGAACAUGGGGAAUAAGCUCCAUGAUUAUAUUUUGAGCUUGUUUAGACCAAUUGCAUAUAAUAAGAAAAUAUCAAUUGUGUAA